AAUAUGUAAUCCUUACAUCACGUCUCUCCGGUUUGAACUAGCUUUCCCUUCAACAUGACCUAAAUAAAUAUUUAUUUGAUUGUAUUGAGUGGUUACCAAAACUCUCCCUUUGAACUGUAGAUAAAUACUGUAACAACUUAAAACACUACCCAAUUCUCACAUGAAUACAAACUCUAAAAGAAUAAUUUGUAAACAUGAUGAAAAGAUUGAAGAAUCUGUUCUACUCUGUACUCCUAACUCCAAAACACCCACUGCUGAAAGUGUUGUGAAUAUUUCCAUCAUGUCUCCCCCUUUAUCCCACAGUACCUUGUGUGUUAGGAUUAUUUUCUCCUUUUACUUUAAUAGUUUCUCUUUACUGCUAUUUUUAAUUUACCAAUUGAUUGAUUAAUGGGUAAUACAACUUUUUAUCUUUACUUAUUUAUCUUUUGUUCAUGAUAACAAUGGUAUAACAACCACAUGUUUUACCCAUAGCUAGUUUCUAUGUCAAGAUUAUUAUGUGUGACAUAAUAAUCAGAUGUCUUGUUUGCUAAACAAGAAUAUUAAACUUUAAUCUUUUCAGUAUUCCAGACCAUCAUUUAAACAAGCAGCCUCUUAUCUAAACACUAAGCAUUAAGCAGGGCUCGACAUUAUAAUUGGCCCGCUGGCCCGGAGGCACUAUUUAGACACCCCGGGCCAGCAUAACGUACUUUCCACUUGCCCGCUCGGGCCACUAAAAACAGUAAGACAUACAUUCACAUUGUUCUGUGAUAUUGGUAUUUUGACAAGCAAUUUUGUUAGAUUAUUCCGUUUAUUAACGCUACAACAUCGCGCUCUACUCUGCAGCUGUUUGUUGCGGAGUAGAGUGCAGUGCGAGCAGGCUCUCGUUCGCGUGCAGCGGGAGUAGGCCCGUGCACGCGCAGCUCGAGCCUGCUCGCGCUGCACGCUCACUACAGACUUUCGCCCCACCUAACCAUUCGGCAAAAUGUUUUUAAAACAACCAGUAACCGGCCAAGAGCCGGGCAAAAAACAGUCCUUAAAUAAAAGAAAGUCACCGGAGGAGUUAAAGGAGAGUGACAGGGAGUACGAGAAGAGGGAGAGAAAGUUUCAGGCACACUGGCUUGAUCGUUGGAGUUGGCUUGAAUAUGAUGCCAAUAUAAACAAGGUCUUCUGUCGGCUCUGUACAUCAAUGCCGACCUAUGCUGACAAGUAAGUGAAGAGUAGAAAAUAUUAUGGUAUAUUCGCUAUAGGGAAAUGUCCCAGCAGUUUAGGACAAGGAAGGCUAGAGGCUAAUAUAUUAUAGCCAUUACAUGUCUAACUCCUGAUAAUGGCAGGAAGGCAGAAAGCGCAUUAUACAAAUAAUAAUACUCAUACCAUAGUGUCACCCUCCUUUUUAUUUUAUUUUAAAAAUGACCACAAUAUAAUUAUUUUAAUAAACCAAAUAUGAACAAUUGCUUUAUAGAAAUGUAUAGUAGGCCUAGCUAGUUAGUGGCUAGCUAGUGGCUAUUUACAUAUGAUAUUUAAGCAGCAGAUUGUUUUGCUUGUUUAGGGACUCUCCACUCUUCAAGGGACAGGUAGCAGAACGCUCCACAGGGUUUGACCCGCAUGAAAAAAGCACCUCACACCAGGUGUGUGUGAGGAGGCAGAAGGCAGCAAUCGAAACACCCGCUGUGUUAGCUGGGAUUCAUGUUAAUGGUGAAAUAGAUGCAGGUUUCCAGGAUAAAAUGGAGAAUAUGUUUCAUACAGCGUACUAUGUUGUCAAGAAAGAAAAGCCAUUUACUGACUUUCCGGACCUGCGCAGCUCAACAGUAGGACUGGCUCCAACAUGACCAAUUGUUACUUGUCAGACAAGGCAUGUUUAAGAUUCACAAUUGAUAUCUACAAUGUGGAGAGGGAGCAACUGCUUUCUGACCUAAAGAAUGCAGGCUAUAUCAGUGAUUGACGGGGCAACUGAUACUGGGAACCUUGAGAAUGAGAUUGUCUAUGUCAAGUUCUUCAAUAAGGAGAGAGGAGUGGUUCAGUCCUUCCUUGGCAUUGAGGAUAUCAAACACGCACAUGCAGAUGGUGUACUUUCUGCAGUACAGACAGUGUUUGAAAAAGCAGGUCUGGAUAACUGGAAGGAAAAGGUGGUUUUCCUAUGCGCUGAUGGUGCGGCUGUCAAUUUGGGGAAGAGGAAUGGUGUGGCUGCAAAGCUGAAGGAAGAGAUUGGACACCUGCUUGCUAUACACUGUGUGGCACACAGGCUGGAAUUAGGUCUGGUGGAUUCAAUAAAAGAGAAUCAGAGGCUGAAGCAGCUGCAGGAGGUGCUGCAAUAUUUGCAUCAGCAAUACCACUACUCUCCAAAGGCACUGAGGGAGCUGAGGAUGCUGAGGAUGCUGGCAGAUGCAAUGGAGGAGAAGGUCCUCAAGCCUACAAACCUGAAGGGGUCCAGGUGGUUGCCCUACAUCCACAAGGCAACUCAGAUCCUGUGUAAUAGCUAUGCAAUCUUUGUGGCCCACUUUGAGGACCAGGUCAGCCCAGAGAGGACAACCCGACCAUCACCUGCAGUGAUGGGAAGGGCAAAGAACAUCCUCCACUACCUCAAAAGCCACACCAAUGUCCAGUUCAUGCACUUCCUGCUGGAUACACUGGACUUUCUCAAGGCACUGAGCCUCCAGUUUCAGCAGGAUAGUCUGACACCAGGGGAGGCAGUGCAGUACAUUGAGGCCUGCCUCAAUGGCCUUACAGAGCUGUGUCUGGAGCCCGGAGAGCAGCAAAAGAAGAUGUUGGCUGAUGCAAUGAAUGGCACCUAUAGAGGGGUAGAGCUCAAAAACACCACCACAGACACACUGGCUACAGACAGGAAGAAAAUUACAGACAUGCUUACCAAACAUAUUGAGAGCCGUCUGGAAGACCUGCUGUCUACCGAGAGCAUUGUGCAAACAUUCUCAUCUCUUGAUCAUAAUGUGUGGCCAAAACUGGACAACUCAGAUGAGUCCAAAGAAGCCUUUGUCCUCCAUGGACGAGCAAAUAUUGAGUCCCUGUGCCACCAUUACCAGAGCGUCCUGGUGCGUGAGGGGACCACAGUCACUGAGGUGUUGGGAGAGUACAGGCUCUAUAAAAUCUGGGCAAGAAUGCGGAAUGGGCCCCUCAGAGACACUCUCCUGGAAAUACUCCAGAGAGUUGAUCUACAGACCAAGUUUAAGAACCUAGGCAUCUUUGCCCAGAUCUACCUAACAAUGGCUGUCAGUACCGCAGCAUGUGAGAGAGGCUUCUCUUGCAUGAAGAGGGUGAAGAGCGACUGGAGGUCCUCACUGUCGAUCCAAAAUCUCACUCGUCUCAUGUUCCUGACCAUUGAAGGGCCUAGUCUGGAUACCUUUGAUGCUAAGAGAGCUGUUUUGCAGUGGUGGCAGUCGGGGUCAAGAGCCAGACGUCCAGGAUUUACAGCCUGGUCAUCAGGAGGACGGCAAAAUCAACCGACCGCAGAGGAAAAUGAGGAAGAACUGACGAUUGAAAUGUUGUAGUAUAGUAGUAAUGUAGUUUGUAAAUAAAUUACUAUUGCAACAAA